CACCGACGCCUGCCGGCAAUGGCCGCCGCCCACUCGUGCGCCUCAUUUAUUGGCGUUUCCGGCCGCCAACCGUCCCUGAAGUCCACGAAGACGCAAUAUGAUCAAGUGGAGGAUCGCGCAGCGCUGAUAGGCCUACAGGCACUGACCUUGAAUCUCGCGUCAGCCAAUAGGAGCUCAGACAUGGCGGGACCCAAAAAGAAAUGCCCUAAGCCACUGCGAAUCUCGACCAGGAAAACCCCCGAAAGACACGUCUCCAUCAGCCCUCUGUCGAUGACUGCUCGUGGCGGCGGGGCCGGUUCGGGGCCCCGGUUCGGUGCCUCGCCGUGCCGCAGCGACUCAUCCGGCUUCCAGAGCCUUCCCAGCCCCUCCAGCGCCAGCCCCGACGGCAGCCGCUGCAGCGACGGUGAGCGACUCUUCACCAACCGCAGCAACAUGCAGAUCAAGAGCAGUGAGAGCGCCGAGUCCGUGAGCACGCGCGCCAGCACCUGCAGCCGCGGGGUGCGCCAGGCCGGGCUGCAGUCGCGUCAGAGCACGUCGCAGCCGCGCCACGGCACGCCGCUGUCGCGCCAGGACAGCCACGGCGACACCGGAAGGACGCUGCAGGAGCUGGCUACUGUCUUCGACGUGCAGAACGUGCUGAAGAAGGGAGAGUCGAUUGAGGGCGUGUUGCGGUUCGACCGGCGCAGUCACCAGGACCCCUACAUCAGCGCCCCCGUCAACCUCGGCAGGGCGGACGGCCACCUCAAGUGGAGGCCCCAGUAGGAGACGCUCCAAGAGGUGGCCACAUUCUCCUGCCGGCCACGCGGAAAGGACAGCUUCUUCAGCUAAACACCACGGCAAGACUAACAUCUGCAUCAACGGUACCUGAAUAGGCGACAAGAGAAGAAGUGCCACCCCGGACGACCUGCGUGUGGUGCGAAGCGAGCCCGGACGACGCGCGGGUGGCGCGGAGCGGGCCCGGACGACGUGCGGGGCGCGUCGAGCGGGCCCAGACAACGUGCGGGGGGAGGGGCGGGGGGCGCGGAGCGGGCCCAGACGACGUGCGGGUGGCCCCGAGCGGGGUUGCGCGGAGGGCACGAAGCGUGCCCGGACGACGUGUGGGAGGCGCGGAGCGGACCCGGACGACGUACGGCGGGCGCUGAACGGGCCUGGACGACGUACCUGUGGCACGGAGCGGAAUUGCUAACAACCAGCCGUGCCAGGCCAGGUGGAACCAUCUUACGCCAUCAUGAUAAUAGCCAUUCUCACACUAGCAAUUAUUGGACUUAUGCCUAAUUCGAUCCCGCCGCAUUUCACUGGCACCUUAUUCUGAAAUGCACGGAGGCUGGUAUACACAGGAGCUCGUCGUUUUUGUCAGACCCAUCAAAAUAGCCGGUAAAAUUUACUCUGGAUGCAUUUUUGUUUCGUUAUGUUGUACCAAUUUGCCAUUUUGCGUAUGUGGAUAUGGUCCCGUGGAAGCAAAUCAUGAAGUACCGUAAACGUGAAAUAACGACUAGACACGUGGUGAUCAAGCAAAAACGCCCCCAGAAUGAAAUGUUCUGACUGUUUCGAUACCUUUGACGACGAGCCAUGGUCCUGCACUUGUUGAUCUGAAUUUCGAGCAUUCUAGAUUUGGUACCAACUAGAUCACCGCCCAAAAAUAUUAGCGUGAAAAAGGCUAAUGUAAUCGUGUGACGUUCCUGGGAUUCAUGACGUCACUGAGAGCGUGAGCCCAACUAGAAGACGCUUGGACGGCAGUCUUGACAGUCUGGAGGCCAUUGUGCCAAUAUUCACGAGAUGUGCGUGUGUUACCGUUGAGCUGUGUAUUAACGUAGAAAUUUUUAAGGACAGUGUUGACGCUAUAAAACCUAACCAAGCAUGACCAAAUAACAAUGGCACCCCGCCAGGACGUUGCUUCUGUAGUUUUAGCCUUCACAAAUAUGCUGGGGAGCUUCAUCGUGUUUUGCCUUUUAUCUUCGGUUUGAAUUCACAGUGUGGCCAAAUUGUGACCAGCUUGCGAGUGAUGUACUUUGUCCGUGACCGCUUGAAAUGCCCUGGUGGUGUGUGGUUCUGCGAGACUUGGUUUAGAUCUAUGGAACUUUUGAUGCUUGUCGUUGACGAUACAUUUGGCUAAGCAAU